UGGGCAAGGUGUCAAUCUGCCAUGGCAGAGUUGCUGACACUAAUGGCAGGUCUACCUUCCCAACCUCUUUGGGAUAUAUUGCCUCUCUUCCUCUCUCACAGCUGCCACACUAGUGUAUUUAGUGCCUUCAUAUCCUAUUUCAUAAUUGCUUCAGACUUGGCCAGUGAUGACAUAAGAAGUGUUUGUGACCUUUCCUCAUAGCUUGCCAUUAAUUUGCCUGUAAACAAACCCAAGGCAAAAGCAAAUGUUCAUUCUGUGCAGUUAUCUACUCCAAACCCAGAGAGAGCAGUAUUUGCAGACUAGAGGCAGAAUAUAAAACAGAAAGCAACUCAGAAGGAAAGAGGAGGAGAAUUUAGUGUAAAAUUGUAGGGCAAAAUUAGAGGUUUGAGGACAAAGGAAUACAAGGCACUAAGGAGGACUGGAAAACAACCAUGUUGUAUAUGCAAUUAGAAGCAGAGAGGGCAAUUGCUGAAUGGCUACUGAGAGAAAAGAAAUCCUUGCAGGGUAGCAAAACACCUCCACAUACAGAAAAUUCUAUCUCUGAAGAAUCCUUUUUGGACAGUGAUCGGCAAUCCCAUGAACCCAUCAAAGAUUCAGACUGGUUGACAUUAAGUGCACAAGAGCAGUUAGCCUGGGUCAAAAAUACUCAAGACCCUCGGAUUGCCAGAGGUCUCCGAUCCCCUCUAGAGAAAAAGAUCUUGCGUUUAGGUGGAACACAUAGUGCAGCUGCAAAAAAAUUGUUAGCUCAAAAAUAUCAAGAGGAGCGUAAAGGCAUCCAUAAAUUCAAGUCUUCAUCUCUGGACUACCGGCUCAGCCGAGCUGAGGCUUAUUACACCUCCAGCAAACAAGAUGAAAUUAUGGCUCAGUUGCAGAGGUAUUUUUCACCUGAUUCACAAGAGGAUUCAGAACUAUUUGCAGAAGAAGAAAUAUGGCAUCCCCCAAAAUGGGACUAUUUAGUAAGUGAGAGAGAAUUAAAGCAAAUAGAAAGGCAUAUUUAUAGAACAGAACAUGCUAGAAACCUUAGAAGCAAAAUGUACUUGCCACACUCUGCCAAUAUCCAAAGGAAAAAAUUUCUUCCAACUGCUUGGACAGCAGAAAGUAAAGAGGAUAGAGACAACCAGAAAAGACCUAAAACAAGUGAGCAGAUGAGAGAACUGGCAACAAAGCAAAUCAGAGAACAUCGAGAGCGCAUGAUACGAGGGAGAGAGGUUAUGCAAAGUCAGAUGGAAAAGCAUAUUCACAGAAUCCCCAAGCAGUUUCCUCUAGUUUCCAAACCUGAGGUGAAGAGAAAGCAAGUAAGAGUUUAUGAUUGGGUUGCUGCUUAUCCACUUCUCCAACCUCGACAUGGAAAGCAGCUGGAAAUAAGAAUCCUUAUUGAAAAGUCAAAGUUCAAAGGGGAGAAAAAGCAGGAAGAGAAUAAAAACAAAAUGCCAACUUGUUCAGUAUUCUUGAAAAUACCACCAUUUUUGAAGAGUAAACUAGAAAAGAUGAAUUCUUAUUAAAGUUAGAUUUCUAAGGCCAACGGGGGGGGGGGGGGGUGGGAGGGAGGA